GGCCUUUGGAUUACCAAAAUAAUGGAUGUGGAGGAAGUGAUAUUUUUCUCACGUGUUUUAUGAGUGCCAUCUUUCUUUCAAAUUUUGCCUGGACAUAGAUUUAGGUAUAUCAGGUUAAUAUUAAAACUGGAAGUUUGUAUCUUUUGCUGGAUAUUGGAAAUUGAAUGUAAUGGCAACAGAAUUUAUAAAGAGUUGCUGCGGAGGGUGUUUCUAUGGUGAAACAGAAAAGCACAACUUUUCAGAGGAAGGAGACUUUAAAGCAGCAGUCCCAAAUAGUCAAAAUAUUGCCUGUGUACCUCCAUUUACUUCUGUUUCCGUAAAGCCUCAGGUUGGCUGUACUGAGGAUUAUUUGCUUUCUAAAUUACCAGCUGAUGGCAAAGAAGUACCAUUUGUGGUGCCCAAGUUUAAGUUAUCUUAUAUUCAGCCCAGGACUCAAGGAACUCCUUCACAUCUGAAAGGACUUGAAGGAUCUGCCAGAGCAACUUUUGGAGAUCGAAAGGUAGAACUUUCCAGUUCAUUCCAGCAUGGACCGAGCUGUGAUGUAUAUAACCCAUUCUAUAUGUAUCAGCACAUUUCACCUGAUUUGAAUCGGCGCUUUCCUCCUCGUUCAGAAGCAACGAGACUGUAUGGAUCAGUUUGUGAUUUAAGGACCAACAAACCUCCCAGUUCCCCUGGGCUAAGCAAAUCUAUGUUUGAUCUUACAAGUUCAUCUCAGCGAUUCAUCCAGAGACAUGAUUCAUUGUCCAGUGUACCCAGUAGUUCUUCUUCAAGGAAAAAUUCUCAGGGGAGUAACAGAAGCCUGGAUACAAUUACUCUAUCAGGAGAUGAAAGAGAUUUGGGGAGAUUGAAUGUGAAAUUGUUUUACAAUUCUUCAGUAGAGCAGAUCUGGAUCACGGUUUUACAGUGCAGAGAUUUAAGUUGGCCCUCUAGUUAUGGAGAUACUCCUACUAUUUCCAUAAAAGGAAUACUGACAUUGCCCAAACCAGUACAUUUCAAGUCUUCAGCCAAGGAGGGUUCCAAUGCUAUUGAAUUUAUGGAAACUUUUGUAUUUGCUAUUAAACUUCAAAGUCUACAAACUGUAAGACUUGUAUUUAAGAUUCAAAUCCAGACACCCAGGAAGAAAACCAUUGGAGAAUGCUCACUAUCACUCAGAACUCUUAGCACACAGGAAAUGGAUUACUCUUUGGAUAUAACACCACCUUCAAAAAUUUCUGUUUGCCAUGCAGAACUUGAAUUGGGGACUUGUUUUCAAGCAGUAAAUAGCAGGAUUCAGUUACAAAUUCUUGAGGCACAGUACCUUCCAAUGUCAUCAACACCUCUGACUUUGAGUUUUUUUGUGAAGGUGGCCAUGUUUAGCUCAGGAGAGUUGAUUUAUAAGAAGAAGACACGCUUACUGAAGGCCUCCAAUGGAAGAGUAAAGUGGGGAGAGACUAUGAUUUUUCCACUUAUACAGAGUGAAAAAGAAAUUGUUUUUCUCAUUAAGCUUUAUAGUCGAAGCUCUGUAAGGAGAAAACACUUUGUGGGCCAGAUUUGGAUAAGUGAAGACAGUAAUAACAUUGAAGCAUCGAACCAGUGGAAAGAGACAGUUAUAAAUCCAGAAAAGGUCGUUAUCAAGUGGCACAAAUUAAAUCCAUCUUGAAGACUUUACACAUGAAUUUGGUGAAGAAAUUGACAUUCUUUUAGAAGACCUAUGAUUUCAAUUUGCUACUAAUGAGAGGAGACACUAUAUUUGUCAAUUUAUUUGGAGGCCAUAAUUAUAGUAUAUAGUGGAUCUGAUAGAAAACUAAACUUGAUGAAAAACGUAAUGAAUUUUAUUAGAUAUCCAAAGUGAAGAAAAUGUUUUAAAACUGUGCCAAAACAAACAGUAGAAUAAGAGGGUAGUAUUAUUAGGGCAACUAAAUAAAUUACAAAGUCUAUAAGAAUAUCAACCAUAGAUGGUUCCUUCUUUAUUAUGUUUUUGCUUUUGUCUUUUAAACUUUACCUAGGUAUUCAAAACCUAUUAUAUCAAAUUUCUGUUAGUGCUAUUAAAAGUGUAGAAGACUUUACCACUAUUUCAGUGCUAGACAUUAUUGAUUAGAUCUUGGUUCUGCUGUUUACCUCUUGCUAUAUAUUUUCUCUCAGCAAAAAUGAAUGGAACUAUUUCAACUAUUUUCUGUAUUUGGGGAAAGUUUGGAUACUGUGUUUAUAAUUUCUUACCCAUAGGGCAUCAAUUACAUUGUCGCUUUGUGUAGGCUAUGUAUCUCCAGGAAACUCUAAGAAACUUCAGAAAUAGAAAACUACAUUUGGCAGGAAUAAAUGAAAACACCAGAAAUUUGGAGUUUAAUUGGAAACCCAGAAUAUACAUAUUUUGCUGUUUUGUUCCCUCGAAUAUUUUACUCUUUGUUUUAUUUGGAGUUGAAAUAAGAGUAUCAUCCAUAUGGUCCGUCCUAAUUAGUAGAAUUAAAUGAGCUUAAAUAGCAAAUUCAAUCUUUUAUGAUAAUCACUCCCUUGUUUUUAGUUUUUAAAAUGUAAAUUAUUCUAGAAUCCAUGUUUUAAUAUUUUCUCACAUUUUUUCACAACUAUACCUGAUAACACUGUGUAACAAAUAAAUAUUUUGUAUUCCA